AUGGCUUUCCCUCGUAUGAAUGUUCUUGGUUCUUGGCUACUGCCGCCUUCUUUUGUUCUUCUUUUAGCCUCUUCUUUUGUAGAAUCAGGGGCAGGUACAGGGUGGACAGUUUUUCCUCCAUUAGGUGAGAUUCAAGCUCAUUCAGGCCAUUCUGUUGACUUAGCUAUAUUCAGUCUUCACUUAUCAGGUGCAGCUUCUAUUUUAGGGGCUAUAAAGUUUAUUACAACUAUUUUUAAUAUUCGUGCUCCUUGUAUGGCUAUGGACCGAGUACCUCUUUUUGUAGAGGCAGACCUAAACGGCGCGAGUGACGGGGUUCAACACCAACACCCACCACCAGGUUGCGCCCAGCCCCCCUUGGCGGCGUCGGCAGCAGAUAAGAGAGAACGGCAAGAAGAGUCGCGCGCCGAGAUGGUAGCGGGAGUCGGCACGGGGGGUGCGGAGACCACCCCGGCGACGGCAGCGGGAGACCUGGGGCAGGAAGUGAUGCACCUGCGCAGGGUGAACGAGGCCCUGGUGGAACGGGUAGAAUUCUUCGAACGGGUUCAGCUGAAGUCACCGGUGCGACGAUACGUGUUGCGAGGGGGGGUUGGUACUCAUGUUUUUCAUGCAUUUGUUGUGAAGACCGCCCUCGAGAGGACGGAGUCGGGGAGUGGGUAUGGGGUUCACUCCGUUGUUCUUGCUGGGUUGCCCUUGAUCAGUCGGUUUUUCGCGUCGUCGACCGCCCAACUUGUCCGAGGCGGAUCGCUGUUGCUGCCUUCUCCCAGGAGAGGCGCCGCCAUCACCCGGCCGCUUUGCAAUCACGUUUCUGCGGUACCGUGGGCGGAAUCAAGCGCCUCUGGGCCGAUUGAGGGCAGCCAGAAGGACGUGCGUCCGGAGGAGGACGGGUGGGGGGAGAGGGGGGGCACGGUUGCGCACGGCUUUCCCAGCAUAUGCUUUGUAACGACGGUUGAUCUCGAUCCUAACCCCCGAGAGUUCAUGCUCUGGCAUGAGGGGAGCGAGCGGCCCACAGGUCGAAGGCCUCACAAUAUGGGAGAGGGAAGGGGAGGGGGGGGGGGCGGAGGCGCGGGCCGGGGAGCAACUCUCGGCAACAGCUCCGCCAGAAUAGCAAGGCCGGCGGUGUCGACGGCGGCAUCGCGACCGACGCCUGAUACAAGCGCCAACACGACGACGGUAAAACCCGCCGCGGGGUCAGCCCCGGCGAAGAGCCCGAGGACUGCCAAAGCAACGAGGGCUACGCCAGAUGGCGAGACGGCGGCGACCAAGAGAACCCGUGACGACGGCGGUAGCUCCACAGCGACGCGGACGAAAGCCACGCCCGCCGCCGCCGCGACUGGAGAGGCACCGGUUGCAACGGCCGCGCAGGGCCGGCCAGCGCCGGCAGCACCGGCCGCCAUAUCGAACUCGCUCCCCGUCAGAAAGCAUAGCAGACAACGGGAUGCGCAGGGACGGAUUCUCUUGCGAGGGGACAAAGGUUACGAUCCCCUGGUGGUGGCACCGAUGGCGGCCGCUCCGCCACCGGGGAAACCAAAUCGCGGCGGCGCCAGCAGCGCAAGGCUGCCGAGGGAAGUGGGGAGGGCCGGCGGCGGGAGGGGGGCCGGUGGCCGCGCGACCGUUCGCGACAAGGGCAUGGUAGGUCAGACCACGGAGUUUGGUGAGCCGGGUAGAGUGAGUCGCCUUCCCCGCGACUCACUUGGCGAGACGUCAGCAUCGGCAGCGGUGGGAGAGCCGCAGCUGAGAGUCGAAGAUUCACUCUCCAUAGCAGCAGCAGCAGCAGUAGCAGCAGCAACAGGAGAAGCCGUAGAAGGAGCAGAAGACGGAAGGGCGGGAAUGCGGCCGGUUGGGGGUGGCCACGGCAACGACAGCGACGACGACGACGACGAUCAAAAGCACGGGAGGGAUGGUAGUGAAGAAAGCGGUGCUCGCGGUGAGGGACGAAGCGGGGUCGAGCACAGUGAUAAGACUACACAACAAGCGAAUAGCGGGGAAGAUGGCGAGGCUAGCCAGACGGAAGCAGGUUCAACAGAAAAAAGCCCGGCCGAAGACCAGAAACGGGCUUCUGCGAGUAGUGCUUCCUUCCUCAAUCCAACAGCGGCAGGCAUGGUGGCGCCACCUGAGGCAGAAAACGGGGACGAGGGUGGGGACAAGGGCUUGCCAUCUCCUGGUCGACAGCAACAUAGUUGGGACUCGCUCACAUGGCCCGACCAAGAAAAAGCUCGGCAGAAAUUGGUUCACGCGAAACGGGGCCGGAAAGGCGACGGCGGUGGCGGCGGCGGCGAUACCAACGGUAGUAGGGCCCCCGAUGCAAGCGACCGCUCCGAUUCUUCUGCCGUUGCGAGUGACAAAGUUUGGGAGCCCGGGAAGAACCCCUCGAAGUCAAGAUCGAAAUCGACCCGGCUGAUGAGAAGGGAGUCGACGUCGGAGAGUGCUUCUGUUGUUGCCGCGGGUAGCAGUUGAAGGAAGAAGGCGGCAAGUUUUUUCAAGAGAAGCAAGAAAAAAUUGUUUUUUUUUACGGUC